CUCUGACAGAGCUGUCGUGCGCAUACACGCGUCCCUCACUGUCGCUCUGCCUUCCCACGCCCCCAUCUCUCAUCCCAGUCUUCCCAUAGGCUCGAUGCAAAGGUAACAGAAAGUCAGGGGGUUUAUAAACAUCCACCGCUCUCGUUCUGUCUUGCUGCCUGUUUCUCUCCUUCGCUUAUUCGUGUCCCCAGCAGUGCGCACCAAAAUGCCCAGCAAGAGGAAGAAGAAUAAGCGUCGCAUGAGGAGGGUGCAAGCCCAGAGGUUAGCACUUGAGGAACAAAAUGCAAACAACUACCCAGUCAAAGCCACCCCAGGGAUUGCAGUCAGCGCACCCCCUUCAGCCGCCCCCAAGAAAGCAGCUAAAACCACAGCACCAGUUCCCGUCAAAAUCCCACAGGUCGUACCCAUUACUGUUCCCAUUAUAGAGACCCCCAAAGUAGAACCAAAGCCUAUUGUCAAAGAACCUGUGAUAGAACCCAUCCCAGCUGAGGUAGAGGCACCAAAACUAGAGCCUGUGUUGGUGGAACAGUCUCGUGCAGAGAUUGAGAAUGAAGCCCACGUGGAGGUUGAGGCCCCAGCACCAAUCACUGCAGAGGCGCCAGUCAUUGAGACUCCACCAGUGGAGCCCCCUACUGUUGAAGCUGCUGCAGACCAGGAAACUGAAUUUAUUCUUCCUGCAAGAGAACCAGUCAUUGAGGCCAUACCCCCAGUUGAGGCUCCAGUGGUGGCUCCUACUGAGACGGAGAUCCAGAUAGUGGACACUGUAGUUAUAAAGUCAGAGAUGGAACUGAUGCAUGAUGUCUGCGAACCAGAGGCGGAAGUUGAAGCUGAGACCUUGACAGAGGAAGAGGCUGUGACUGAGGUGGAAGUGGAGGUGACCACCACAGAAGAAAUCUCUGUUCCUGAGCCUGCAACGGCAACCACUGAACAACCAGUGGGAGAACUUAGUAUUGACCAAGUUUCCGCUGAAGCAGAACCGGCUGCAGACAGUGUUGUUAGAGAAACUGUUACUGAAUCUGUGAUUGAGGCUACCACAGAGAGACCGGAGCCUGAACAAGUGACUGAAGAAGUCAGUCCUGCAGCCCCAACUGAGGAGGGAGAGGAUGAAGGUGAAGUAGAAGUGUUGGAUGAAGAAGAUACAGCUGCAGUCCCUGCUGAGCCUGUACCAGCUGCAGAGGAUGCUCUUGUCCAGUCUGUGGGAAUCCCAGUGGUAUCAGACACCAUCCCUGAUGCUCUGGUAACAAAAGCUGAAGCCCCUGUUGCUGAAGAAAAAGUGGCUGUUGCUGACAUUCUGGUUGAUGUCACAGAAUCAAUGUCAGCAGUACAGGUUAACAUCUCUGCAUCAGCUGCUGUCGAGCAGGAAAUUGUAACCACGAUGGAGACCUUCAGCACCCAGAUGGAAUUCAUUGACGUGACUCUUGCUGAUCCUGCGCUUGCUGCUGUACCUGCAAAGGAUGUGAUCAUUGAUGCUGCUGAGCAGUCGGGUCUGGAAAUGCUGUCAGAAGAACCCAAACCAGAAAUCUGCGACAUGCCAUGUCAGAUGCAGAUCCCUGCAGAGCCUGUGCAGCUCAGCUCAGCAGAGAUCUCAAUGGAGACAGCGUUGAAUGGGCAUAUUGUUCCAGAGGUCUCUAUUGAGGGUUAGAGCCACACCACACAACUCAGAAGUUCUUUUUCUCUGUAUUCCCCUUUGGUCAUUUGGAGGACUGAAAGCUUUAUACUGAGUCAACCAGCCAACCUUUUCAUUUUUUAAGGCUUAAGAACAGAACAGCCAGGAAAUCGAAGGGGCAUCCACACUUUGAAGUGCCUUUCCUGUCCUGUUUUCUGUUGAAACAUCAAACCAGAUGUCAACAUGCAGAAACUGCUGCAGCAGCAGAGACUAAU